GUCGUCCCACGUCGUUCCACCUUGAACCAGAGUGCUGGAUCUCACUUGUAACUAUUUAUUUAUCUUUUGCUAGUGCAAGUCACUAUGGCGACCUCUACUUCGGACUCGUUCCCCCUGGCGACGGACCAGCCUUACAGCGAAGGCGAUAGCGGCCCCGGAUCUAUCAGCUCUGGUGGAAGCAUCGACAACUCAGCAGGAGCUUCUGGAAGUAGCCCUGGCGUUGUUCAAAUCUCUCAUGGUGCGAUAGUCGCAAUAAUAGUUGUUGUUGCGGUUGUAUGCGUGCUUGGCAUUUCUACAGCAGUACUCUUCUACCUUGCCAAAAAGAGAGAAUGGAAGGUUAGAGAAAGCAUUCGACGCUCGGCAAGGAAGGUAGUCACUGCUCUCACGCCUCGCCGCUCCGAAUUCCCUAAAUCAGUGAAGGAUAAUUCUCGAGGUCGUGUUCGGUUAGACGACGUACCGCCCACGCCUCGACUUCGACCCGAAGAUAUUGAGAAGGGCCUUGCCAAACCCAGCGUUCGACAGAGCCCAGAGGGAAGAAGUAAGAAAUGGACGAGGAAGUAAAUAAUCGUGAUGAAUUGGCUGGUGAGCUGACACGGGGCUGGUUAAAGCUAGUUAAGAAUUGGGAAAACAGUCAUCGAAGCGGAUUUUGCAUUCAACU